UGAGACAACAGAUGGAUCGCAAGGUCAAAAUUAAUACUCCGAAAGUGCAUAAUUCCGUAAACAUUGGGUGAAAAAUAUUAUCGGAGCAGUGAGAAGAAUUAAUUACUCGGAAAUUGACAUUUUCUCAUGAUUUUUGGGAAUAUGUAGCAAGGAGAGAGACUGAAGAGAUUUUACAUUUUCUGAAAACCCAACGACUGCUGAUUUCUAGUUUAAUUCAGCUAUUGUUGCUUUGACGUUUCUUAGAGAAAUAAGAUAAUAAAGAAAAUGCUGUCACGCAAGAAUAAAGACUUGAGGACGAUAAAAGAGGGUGUAGUUGGGAAGUACGUGAAGAAAGAAACCCCACCGGAAAUACCAAUUAUUAAUGUCUGGACGACUGAGCCCAAUAGGCACAAGAGGAGGAGAAAUAAUCAGGCGACAAUGCCACCCCAAAUGCCUUCACCACAACAGCCAAGUAUGGUCCAAAAAUUUGGUAAUACCAAGACAACAAUGAGUGCAGUUGGAUUGGGAAGUCAUGAAGGGAAAUAUACUCCGAAUAGUUCAGUUCCCGAUUUAGCUCAGAGAUUCGCAAGUUUAUCAAUGGCUCCAGGAGUCUCGGAAGCCUUAUCCUCCCGCACAGUGACCCCCCUGUAUCACCCAGGGCUGUCCCCAGCGGUAUCCCACACCUAUGUGAAUCAAUACGCGGGUUCAGAGUACCAUCUGGACCGCGUGCAAACCCCCCAGAUGCCCUACGUGCCUUUCGAAACCGACAACGGUUACGAGGACUUCAAUCAGGUGUCCUUCAGGCACCCCCAGUACAGCAGAUCCCAGUCUGAGAGAUCCAGUUCACGCAGUGAGCAGCCCACAGAGCUGCCACUCCCUCCAGGCUGGUCUGUGGAUUUCACAUUGAGAGGGAGAAAGUACUACAUCGAUCACAAUACCAAGACCACCCAUUGGUCCCAUCCACUGGAGAAAGAGGGGCUACCCACUGGGUGGGAGAGGAUUGAAUCCCCUGAAUAUGGAGUUUAUUAUGUGAAUCACAUAACAAGACAAGCUCAGUACGAGCACCCCUGCUACCCCUUGGAGAUGCAGGCAGUGCGUGUGGUGUCACCCCCUCGACACACUCACUUCCACUCGCACAGUGUCCUGGUCCCAGCGAAUCCCUACCUGAACGAGGAAAUACCCCACUGGCUCUACGUCUACAGCAGAGCAUCGGUGGCCCUCGACCGAAAGCUCCGUUGGGAGUUGUUUCGUUUGCCAGAGCUGGACUGCUUCAACGCAAUGCUCACGAGGCUCUACAAACAGGAGCUCGAGGAGGUCGUCAUGCGAUACGAGGAGUACAGGUCUGCUCUUCUUUGUGAAAUGGAACAGAGACUGAAGGAAUUGAACCCCGAGAGUGGAUCGUCGGCUGGAGCUGUUGCUCUUCGUCGAUCUUUACCGUGAAAAUCAAUUUUCAAAACAACGAGAAUGAAGAUAUAUUUUUGUAAAGUAUAUUUACAAUCGUUGAGACACUCUGAAGUAUUACAAAUAAAUAAAUUUUAUCAAUGGUGGAGUAACUCUUCAGUACUGGUAACAGCGGGGGUACUGUCGCUGAUGUCUUCCAACAGUUCGUCUGGUUUUGGCUGCAAUUUUGGAAUUUCUUUAAUCUGAAAAACAAAAUUAAUUGAAAAUAAUUCAUUUUUAUUAAUUUUUUAAAAUA